CUUCACGGUUGCAACCACCUUAACUGCCCAAACCUUUGACGGUUUGGUUACCCCCUCCACCCGUGCUUCGGCCAACUGGGUCCUCUCAAUCUCCACUAUUGCAAUCAUCAUCGAGAUCAUGUGCCGGGGAGAUUUGCGAAGGAAUGACAUCUUGAGAGAUGGAGGUGACCCAAAAUAA